AUGACCGCCGAUCACCCCCCUUCGCAGAGCUCAGUCUUUGCCUCGCUACACCGCAAAUCGAAAACCUCAGAACCGUCGGUCAAAGACAACCGCGACGCAGCUGUUCGCGAGGCCAAGCAGUAUAUCCACGACGUUGUGCGCAGCGACUGGGCCUUUGAGCCGCCUGCCACCCUGUGGUCGCCUUCGACCACCUCGCCACCGUCGUCCAUCCUGUCCGCCCCGGCCACGGCGACGACUAGUAAUACUAAUUCGAAUAAUACGACUGCUGCUACUACUACCUCGUCGGAAUCGAGUCAAUCGCUGACAGAAGUACCAGCUUCUGACGUCGUCGAAUGGCGGUUGCGCGAGUACGGCAGCUCGGGCUCGGAAUUCGACACCGACACUGGUCCCGCCACCACGAAGCCGGGGCCUACUGAGAAGAGCCCGUAUCGGUUUGAGAGUCCGGAUGCUAUACAUGAAAGCCUCGCUGAGCGGAGGCGGACACGGCGCGCGGCUUUGGAAGAGGAAGCCCAGUGGAAUCCUGGGUUGCGCUUCUUUUUGGAAAGGCGUGAUGCGUGGACGGGGUCCAAGAAGAGGAAAGCUAUAUCAGACCAUGCUGCGCAGCAGCAGCACGACACAGAGCCCGACGGGCUUGCCAAUGGAGAAUGCUCCAGCGCUGAAACGAAGGAUCAAGAAACCACGCCUCUGACGGAAAUGUUGAACGAUCUAAAGCUGGGGGACAAAGACACGCAAUCAAAAAAUCUAAACCAUUCCGACUGCUACGAAUCCGACGACUCUUUAGUCCCCGUCAUGAGCCCAUUCAUUCCAAAUUCAAAUUGUAUACGUUCCUCCAUCACGCCCGCCAUAUACGCGUCCAUCUACAGCAAAGUGAUCCUACAGGGCCUCACUCCCACCGUACCUAUCAACCUGUCCGAUGUCAUAAAAGCCAUAGUCGCCGGAUGGAAAGCCGACGGCCAAUGGCCGCCCAAAAUCACAAUGCCGCCCCCAGGAUCAGACGUGCCCGUGCGGAAAAAGGGUCGCCCUGUAGCAAACAACGCAGACAAGGCCAGCCGAAGAGGGAGCUUCGGUGGCCAUGGAUCCGGCGUUGCCAACGCUGUCAAGAAGGUUCUCGGUUUCUCUCAUUUACGACGGCUGAGCCGCAGUUCAACAAACGGUGAAGCAGGCGAUGCAGCAUCGACGGCCACAAACGGGUUGACGGUUGAGGUUAUUGAAGAGGCUGGUCAUCGUUAG